UUUGUUUUCUGAUGAUAAUCGCAUGCCUUCAGUCGGCCUCUCCAAUUCUGUUAUUUAUUUAAACCUUAACAUAAUGAGAAAAUCACUGAGACAAUCAGUAAUCAGCUCUCAGGCAAGUGCCUCCAAGAGUAGACAGUCCAUCCCUCGGACAUCAACAUUAGGCCCGAGGAAAUUAUCUCGUAAAGUUAGUUAUGCCGUUGUAAAAUCGCAUCACCAGGCUGGUGAUGUUGAUGAGGACAACAGACUCGCAGAGGUGGAGCAAGGGUUACAUCUGGAAGGAGAUAUUACUAUUCUCAGUCAAAUAGAAGGGACUCAAGAAAUCUUGUGUCUAUCGUAUACAGAGACUUUUGAUUACCUGGGGAUCGGUCUGGCCGACGGUACCGUUCGCUUGAUCAACAGAAAAACAGGAGAAUUCGAGGGAACCCUCAGGGACGAGGAAAUUAACCAAAAUCCUGGCACCACAACUUCUAUUAAACACCGACCGGUGCAGGGAGCACUUCCUGUGACUCAAACCCUGACCGCAACUUACGUCACCGGGUGCGUGAAAUGCUGGCACUACCCCACAGGCCGUUGUCUCUACACAAUUCGCGAGAAUAGACAGACCCUCGGUCUCGCUUAUCACCCGACUCUCCCCAAGUUCGUGACUGUCGGGGACGACACGAAGUUAUGUGUCUACGAUGAGGAGACAAAAGCCUUAGAGCGAAUACUGCAGGCGAGCAAUUCUCCAGACGUAAUGAACGGUCACAGAUCUCGGGUUUUCGCAGCGUGCUUCAAUCCCCGAUCCUCUCACGAGAUCAUAAGCGGCGGCUGGGACGACACUAUCCAAUUCUGGGAUAUCCGAGAGCCCCACGCCUCCAGAUUUAUAAGUGGAGUCCAUAUUUGCGGAGAUAGUAUCGAUAUCAGUCAAGACGGCAAAGAGAUUCUAACUUGCUCUUGGUCAAAACAAGAUCCCAUCAAACUGUGGGACUAUGGAACUGGGAAACUUAUUGAUACCCUGGAGCCUGACCCCUGGGAGUCUCUUCUUUACACUGGGAAAUUCGUCGGAAGUUCUUUUGCUAGUUGUGGAGGAUGUGACGCCAAUCUCUUCCGAAUUAUCGACUUGACCUCAAAAAAGACUUUAUCUGCGAUAAAAAAGCUGCCGGGAGGGGUGUACGACAUUGAUGUAGGCCCUCCCCAUUCCAAAUUCCAAAAAAAAUCAGUGAGACGCCCUCCACCUCCCAGGAUCGCCUUCUGCAGUGGAAAAACGGUCUUCGAAGUCGAAUCAAAUAUCUAGAACUGGAAGAAAAAAUUAAUACAUCACCAGUACAAAUAAAAUCUCUCCAUUUUCCAAGCAAUAAACAAUGUAUUAUCAUUUUUCUUUAUUUCAUACAAACUAUGGUACAAAAUUUAUACAGAACAACGCACGGUAUUUUCAUCACUCAUCCUCACUCCUCUUUUUUCCAUUUCCUUUGGCAGAGAACCAAUUUCUCUCACAGAAUUCCCGACAACUCAAUCCUCACUCAUCCCUCAUCAUUGGUGGGUCUCAUUAAAAAAAAUUAAAACAAAUUGAGAGAAACGAAUAUCAAUCGAGAGAAGAAAAAUCAUUUCGUUACGACAAACUACUUAAACUAAUCAGUCGACAACAGACGCAGUUGAUUAGUGUCCGUUCAAGUGAUUACAACAAAAACAAAAUGAGAGAAAAAAAAUACAAAAAAAGAGAGAGAAUUCUUUUUAGGGUACAAAAGUGUCGUGUUUUUGGUUUUGAAGAAAGUCAAUCUUAUCAGUUUUUUUCAAUUUUUGUAGUAAAAUAUAGUGCCUCUAUUCGACACCUAAAUUAUCUCGAAAUUCCAUCCUCAAUGUUUUUGUUUACUGAAUUUUCCUCGUCAAAAAGAAAAGGAAUCUGAUAUGUCAUCGAAAAAUAUUCCUUCACCUCCUAUUAGGAAAGAUUGUACGUCGUAUGAAAUUUCUCUAAGAAAAAAAAAAUAAAUUGUCAUGUUCAAAAUCGACUAAGCAUUUUCUCGUUCACUCUUUGCUACAGACAUCUAUACAACUUUUUAUCAACACGAAAGCCAUUUUUCCACGACAAUCAUAAUUAACCUAAGGAGUACAAAGAGUAGGUGAUAACAAUCACAUUCGCUCCUAUUUACACGUAAAUCCAUCGAUCACUCAUUUAUUUUCUGAAGCUUAAAAAGAAUUGAAAAAAAAAAAGACUAAACAUAUGCUCGCACGAGCACUUCCAAGUGCCUCUGAUCACAAUUAUUAUUCCCUAUAAAUAACCCAAUAUUUUUCCGAUUCCCCACUGACUUUUCCCCUUCAUCCGAGUCUCAUUCGAUUUAUUCCACUAAUUUAUCGGGACAAUGAAAACAUUAAGAGUUUUUGAUCACAUGGUGCGAGCCCCAGACGUAUCGUUCACAGCCUGACCGAGUGCUCACGAAUUAUUCCAAUUUUUAUCGACACGAAAACCCAACGAUUGCCAACUAAUUACUUCACUUGAAAACGAGACUCGAUGAACAGUAAAAGAUCAAUAAAAUCGUGAAAAAAAAAAAUCGUAAGCGAAAGCGACUCCUCCCCAGUCCAUACACCAGACGAAUUUUUCUUUCGAUUCCCUGACUUUACCUGGGAGAGACUGAACCAUUAAUUGUACUAAUUACCUAGCGUAUGGACGCCCAUACUUGAGUAUUCGUGCAUUUUAAAAUGGCGCUGAAGAGAUCACACAAACAGUAAGUCCCCCGUUCUCAAGAAGACCCUCCAAAAUUCACCCACAAAUCGUUAAAGUGUAACAAACCGAUCUAACGAAAUAUCUCCAAAACAAAGAGAGCAAUCAAAAUUUUCCUGGAGACAUUUUUUGCAGGUGCAAUUUCCCUCUCCAAAAUACCUCCAGACAAAAAUUUCGCUAUCUCCCCCACAUCCGAAGAUAUUCGCCGAAAAAUCGAUGGAUUACCCUCGAGCGGCUGGUGCAUGAAUAAAAAAAACAAA